AGUAAAACUCUCUUUCUCACCCUUGUUUUUUCCUCACUUGGUGGAGCCGAAUCUUUAAGGGAAGCAAAGCCAGAGGGAUGAGUGGAAAUGAAGAAGAAAAUGAAGACGCUAAAUGUCUCUUUCUUCAAAAGUUGGACGGCCAAGAUCGAGGGUCAUCCUUUUGCUCUCACUCGGUUCCUUCCACACCUGCAACCCAAAAUCAAUGAUACAUGUCUCUUCUCUUCUCUCCAUUUCUUCUAAUCCUUAUUGUAAUCUGGAGAGCUUGUGCCCAACAGGAGAAAACAUCCUUGUUUGCUUUGAUCCUCAUCUAAGAGUGCUAUAAGAGAUAUUGUACCAGAUAUCUGCAAUUUUCAGCUGCAACAUAGAAGAGACUCUUUCCAGAAUGAAUUAUAUAUGAUAUGCAUAUAUUUAGUUCACUAGCUAGGAAAUCAUUCUGCAGUUGGUAUGCAGGUAGAAAAGCCAAAAGAAUUGUCUUCAUUGUUUUCCAUGCCAGUGCCAGACCUUAAAACAAUAAUGGAUGACUUUUGGAUUACUCUUAUGUUCCUUGGAAACAAUCCUCGAUACAUUGCCACAAAUGAGAACAUAUAUGGGUUCCAGUGGCAAUGAGCAUAUGCAGCACCUUUACUCCUUUCCCUUCUUCAAAUCCUCAAUGGAAGUAUGAUGUCUUUCUCAGUUUCAGAGGUGAUGACACUCGGAAGGGUUUUACAGACCACUUAUACACUGCAUUGGAAGAUAAAGGAAUAAUAACUUUCAGGGAUGACCUUGAACUUGGAAAAGGGAUAGCUAUUUCUCCAGAACUCUCAACUGCAAUUGAAGAAUCAAGGUUUGCUCUGAUUAUUAUUUCACAAACUUAUGGGUCAUCAACAUGGUGCUUGGAUGAACUUCAAAAAAUUCUUGAAUGCAUGGAAGCAAAAGAAGCAGUGCUGCCAAUUUUCUAUCAUGUCGAUCCCUCUGAUGUACGAAAACAAACUGGACCUUUUGCAGAAGCCUUUAUCAAACAUGAAAAAAGGUUCAGGGAUGAGAAAAAGAAGGUGCAAAGGUGGAGGGAUGCUUUAACAAGAGUGGCAAAUCUCUCUGGGUGGAAUUCAAAGGAGAGUUAUGAAUCACAUCUUGUCAAAGAUAUUGCUGAAGUGAUAUGGACAAAAUUGCACUCUACAGAGUGUCAUUCUGUUGAGAACCUAGUUGGAAUCAAUUCAAGACUGAAACAAAUCAAUUCACUCUUAGGCAGAUGUGUGGAUGAUGUUCGCUAUAUUGGGAUAUGGGGGAUGAGUGGUAUUGGCAAGACAACUAUUGCUAGAGUUGUUUAUGAGAGAAUAUCUCGUGAAUUUGAAUUUAGUAUGUUUGUUGACAAUGUUAGAAAUGUUGUUGAAAGAGGUGGACUAGUUAGCCUACAAAGGCAACUUCUUUCUGGGAUAUAUAUGAAAAAUGACAUAUCAAAUCUCCAUGAAGGAACCACAAUGAUAUGGAGAUUCUUUUGUCACAAAAAGGUUCUUCUCAUUCUUGACAAUGUGAACCAUUUGGAUCAAUUACAAUAUCUGGUUGGAAACAAAACUUGGUUUGGUUGUGGGAGUAGAGUUCUUAUAACAACUAUAGAUGAAGAUAUAUUACUCAAGCAUGGUGUGGAGAGAAGGAUUAAGGUCAAGGGACUGAAUAGUGAUGAUGCUCUCCAACUUUUUAGUCGGAAAGCUUUUGAAAAAGAUUACCCUGAACCAUAUUAUGUUGUUUUGUCUAAUCUUGUUGUGAAUUAUGUCAAAUGUCCAUUAGCUCUUGAAGUUUUGGGAUCUUUUUUGCGUGGAAAAGGUACAAGUGAAUGGAAGAGUGUGUUGGACAAACUAGGGAAAGUGUGUCGUGUCCAAAUUUUGAAGACACUCGAAAUAAGUUAUCAUGGUCUAAAUGAAGAUGAGAAGAAAAUGUUCCUUGACAUUGCAUGUUUCUUCAAUGGGAAGGACAAAGAUCAAGUAAUAGCUUCUUGUGAUGUCUCUGAAGUCAUUGGAAUAGAAGUUCUCAUCGCGAGAUCACUCCUAACUAUUUUGAAUGGAAAACUAUACAUGCACGAUGCCCUGCAAGAAAUGGGUCGGGAAAUUGUCAUCCGAGAAUCUCCUUUUGAACCAGGAAGGCGCAGCAGGUUGUGGUUACGCGAAGAUGCCAAUCAUGUCUUGAGCAAAAAUACUGAAACAGAAGCAAUAGAAGGAAUAGUUCUGCACCCAGCUGAGCCAGGACUGAAAGUGCAUGCGAAUGCCAAGUCCUUUUCAAUGAUGAAGAACUUGAGAUUCCUCAAGAUUGAUAAUGUGAACCUUCCUAAUGGUCUUGAGCAUCUUCCAGACGGUAUACAGAUUUUAAAAUGGACUGGAUAUCCCUCAACUUCUCUUCCAUCCAGUUUCAACCCAGAGAAGCUACUAGAACUUAGUAUGCGUCAUAGUUGCAUUUAUCAUUUUCGGACCGGAAUAAAGCCUUUGUACAACUUGAAAACCCUCAAUCUCAGUCACUCUCUGAAACUUCUCAGCAUGCCAAACUUCAGAGCUAUGCCAUACCUUGAGGUUUUGAUUCUUGAAGGUUGUACACGGUUAUUUGAGGUUGAUCCAUCAAUUGAAGCUCUAGAAAGACUUGUUUUGAUGAACUUGAAAGAUUGCAGAAACCUAGUGCAUUUUCCAGGCAGCAUAUAUGGCUUAAAGUCUCUUAAAGUUCUUAAUCUUUUCGGUUGUUUACAGCUGAAUAAGCUGCCAGAAGAGUUGGGUGCUGUAGAGUGCUUGGAGGAACUUCAUAUGAGUGGCACUGCCAUAAGAGAGCUACCGUCCUCUAUUGGAAUGCUUGAAGGUCUUACUUUGCUAAACUUGAGAGAUUGCAAAGAACUUGUGAGUCUCCCGACAAGUUUGUCCGGCAUAAAAUCUCUCAAAGUUGUUAAUCUUUCUGGUUGUUCGAAGCUUGAGAAACUGCCGGAAGAGUUGGGUCAUGCAGAGAGUUUGGAGAGGCUUGAUAUGAGUGGAACGGCCAUAAGAGAACCGCCUUCCAGCCUUUCUCUUUUGAGAAAUCUUAAAGUUUUAUCUCUCCAAGGAUGCAAGUGUUCCACCACCUUCUUUUACUGAUCCGAAGGCUUUGUCAUUACCUUUCUUAUUCACCCGGUUUGCAUUAUAUAAGAAAACUGGAUCACAGUGGCUGCAGCAUUUCUGAAGUUCCUGAACACCUCAUCAACAUUAAUAAAAAUCAUUUUAUUAGCUUCAAAAAUAGUCGGAGCUUUCUAUACGUUGACUUUUUGUAAACGUUUAUAUAGUCUACUGAUUCAAGUAUCUGAGGUUCGACUCC